AUGACGGCCAAUUCGGAAACGACUGGUUCCGAACUCGUGCCGGCUUUACCGGCCAAACACAAUGCGAUAUUACGCUGGAAGCGAGUGACGAAUCCAAGCGGUCCACAACCAAGACCUCGCCAUGGUCACCGUUCGGUGAACAUCAAAGAAUUGAUGGUAGUUUUUGGCGGAGGCAAUGAAGGAAUCGUGGACGAACUGCAUGUCUACAAUACGGCUACGAAUCAAUGGUAUGUUCCGGCGACAAAAGGAGACGUCCCACCGGGAUGUGCCGCUUACGGUUUUGUCGUGGAUGGGACGCGCAUACUAGUGUUCGGCGGUAUGGUUGAGUACGGCAAGUACUCCAAUGAGCUGUAUGAGCUGCAAGCCACCAAGUGGGAGUGGAAGAAACUGCGACCGAAGCCACCAGAAUCGGGUCCUCCGCCGUGUCGUCGGUUGGGCCACAGCUUUACGCUUGUCGGAGAUAAAAUCUAUCUUUUUGGUGGACUGGCUAACGAAAGCGAUGACCCGAAAAACAAUAUUCCCAAAUAUCUGAACGAUCUGUACAUUUUGGAGAUAAAAAACAAUCAACUGCAGUGGGAAAUACCGACGACAUUCGGUGAGAGCCCACCGCCCCGUGAGUCGCACACGGCCGUGUCAUGGUACGAUAAGAAACAGAAAAAGUUUUGGCUUGUCAUUUACGGCGGUAUGUCCGGGUGUAGACUGGGUGAUCUGUGGCUGCUGGACACAGACACAAUGUCCUGGACACGGCCUCGUACUAGUGGCCCGUUGCCUUUGCCACGUUCGCUGCACAGCUCGACGCUGAUCGGCAACAGGAUGUACGUGUUUGGCGGCUGGGUCCCACUAGUGUUGGACGACGUAAAGGUGGAAAAGCACGAAAAGGAAUGGAAGUGUACGAAUACACUAGCGUGUUUGAAUCUCGAAACUAUGACCUGGGAGGAGCUGGAUCUGGACACGGACGAAGAGAACAUGCCACGUGCCCGGGCAGGCCACUGUGCCGUCGGUAUUCACACCCGUCUCUAUAUAUGGUCGGGUCGCGACGGUUACAGGAAGGCCUGGAACAACCAGGUCAGGGUGUGUUGCAAAGACCUGUGGUACCUGGAGGUGGAGCGCCCUGGAGCGGCAUCCCGCGUGCAGCUCGUGCGCGCUUCAACACAUUCGCUGGAAUUGUGCUGGCAGGCGGUACCAUCCGCUUCCUACUACAUACUGGAGGUGCAGAAGAUACCUCAGGCUCCGCCGCCGUCACCAGCACCGGCAGGACUGAAUACAGCGCCAGCUGUUGUUGCAUCGCCCUCUGGUGCAACCAUCGGCUCACCGGCAUCCAGCACGGGUUCCAUGUCUCCUGCGCACAUGAUUAGUGGCAGCAUCGGUACAACAUCCGGAGAGCCUAUGGUUCAGCAGCCGAUUAUUAAACAAUUACCCGGCAGGAUAUCGGGCACACCGUCAGCGAUCACCGUAUCGGCGGCUAGCAUUCAGUCGCCAACGUUGCAAAAUCCGGCCGUUGCCCAAACCGCCCUGGUACCAAGCCCGAUCCACAGCGCAGGUGGAUUACAGUCACCGAACAACAGCAACAUCGGCAUCGUUUCAUCGCCUGCCCUGACGGUAGCAUCACCGGUACAGCGAAUCGUCACGAAGGUGCAACCUGCCAAACCGAUUCAGACGACCCAAAAAGUGCUCACCACCGGUUCGCAAAUAUUGCAACAGCAACCGACCCAAAUCGUGUCCGCAUCCCCGCAGCAAGGCCAAUCAGCAGCCCAGACCAUCCAAACGGCCAUAUUGCAAACUACACAGGCGCAGCUACAGCAUCAGCCACAGACAAUUCGAGUGGUCGCUACUGGCGGUACAGCCAUUUCUAAUGCACAGCAGCUUACCACCGGUACCGGCACUCCUAUUCGGGUGCUAUCUUCUACAGGGCAACAGUUACGCAUUGGUACCGCAAGCACCGGUACAAUGCAGCAAGCUGGACAAACGGCCGUACUGCGUACCGCUGGUCCGGGAAUCGUUUCCGGCGCACAGUUGCAAACGGUACAACAGCGUCUUGUUAGUGCCGGUACGGGUAGCACUUCGACCACCGCAACGAUCGGUGGGAAGCAGAUCAUUCUGCAAAAACCGGUCACCAUAGUAAGCGGUACGCCUGGUGCUGGAACUACUGGAGCUACAUCCAUUAACAGCGCUACUACCAAUCAGGGUCAAAUAUUAACACUGGUAAAAACGAGCCAAGGAAUGACGAUGCAAACCGUGCCGAAAAUGAGCGUGGUUCAGAAGACGGCUGGCACGGGAACACUGCAUCAACCGCAGCCACAAAUUAUUACUUCAAACCUACUGACAGGUACCGGUGGAACGGUCGUACAGCAGGCAACGGUUGCCGGUACUGCCGCUGGCCAGAAAACGACCGUCAUCGGCGGAAACGUGGUGAAGCUGAUGUCGACCGGGUCCGGCACGAUCGGUGGCAAACAGAUACUGAUGAAAAACUCCAACAUCGUGCAGGUGGGCAAGAUGGGCACGAAUUCGACCGGUAAACCAACGCUCGUGCUCACGAACAAAGCAGGCCAAGCGAUACGGGGCAAUCAGCAGGUGAUUGUGGUUACGACACCACAGGGUAUUCGCACCGUUAGCGGCACCGUUACGUCCUCCGCUAACAACUUCGUGACGCUGUCCUCUUCGCAGGUGCUUAACACCAUCACAUCAACGCGCACCACCAACAUCGGUGGUGCGACCGUACUGCAGGCCACCUCCGUACCGGCCGUCAGUGGAACGGGCUCCACGCUGAAUGCGGUCGGUGCUGGGGGAGGAAAUAUAGUGACCGCAUCGGUUGCUUCCGGCGGUACUACAACCACUCUGGGCGGUCAAGCGAUCAAGUUACGCACGGUGCAGGGCGGCAAACCGAUCACCUUCACCAUGCCGGUCGGAGGUCUGCAGGCCGGUGGACAAAAGAUUACUGGUACGCAAAUCAUCAACAUGCCUCAGAAGCUGGUCAGUGGCAAAUCGGUCACGGUACAACUGACACCGUCGGUCGGUGGUCAGAAAACGGUCACGAUCGUUCCGUCCGGAGCAAGCGGCGCGACGGCAACGUCCGGUACGGUGACAGGACAAGUUGGUGGACAGAAGAUAUUAAUGCUACCGUCGAAAACAACGACCCGCAUCGUUACCCAGCAGCAAUAUCAGCAAAUACAGCUGCAGCAGCAACAACAGCUCCAGGCCGCACAAUUGCAGCAGCAGCAGCAGCAACAGUUGCAGGCACAGCAACAACAGCAGCAACAGGAACAUCAGGUAUCGACCGAUGCAGCGUUUGCGGCUCUGGCAGCUGAGGCAGGCAUGAUGGAAACGGAUGCGGAAGGUAUGGAACAGAUGGACGGUUGCUUCGAUCUUGCAUCGUUCGUCGACGAGGAAGACGUAGUACCCUGUUUUGAGGUGGAAAGCGAAAAUCCAGUUCUCGAUGAAGAUAUGAAAGAAAUGGAACGCCCGACUGGUUUCCCAAUGUUCACUCUCGAGCAGCUGGAUGGUUGCGAUGAUACUUUGUCCAUCAUUACCGCUAGUGAAGAUGUAAUAUCCGGCCGGCACAAGUAUCCCAUACGUUACAUCAAACCGGGCCUUUACGGCGGUGCACUGCAGAUGGGACUGAUGAACAACAGUGGGUCCGGUGGGGAUGAUAGCGAUUCGCAAAUCGAAAACCAAGCCUCCGAUAACGCGGAAGAUCAGCAGCAACAACAGCAGGAAGCUGAUGAAAUCGACCAGAGCGGCGAACUAACGCACGACAAUGUGAUUCUCGAGGGCAUGGACGAUGCCGGUGGUAGAGACAGUCAGGAUGAAGGGCAUUUGGAAGACGAAUCUGGUGCAGGGGCGGUCGCCGGUGCGAUGAUGGUAUCGGCCGAUGAGGAAGAUGGCAACUUUGUCGGUGAAGAUAGUCAGGAUCACGACGAACUGUCGACUGAAAAUGAGGAGAACGUACAGGCUAGCGAAUCGAUGGACAAGGAUAACGCCAACACUUCAAUAGAUGAAGAUCUGGAAGAGGAAGAGAAUCAUGGGCUGGAUAGCCUGAUGGAAGAUGAUACCGCUGGACAGUCUCAACAGGAAAUGUCUUUCGGUAGCGAACAGGAAGAAAUGCAGACGAUGGAACAACAUACUGCUGGAUCGUCCGAACUCGCGGGUGGAGAAGGAAUGAGCACGGAGGAAUCGUCCUCUAGCGCUGCUGUUCCUGUCCAUGUACCGAAAACCACUGUUGUUAGUGCUCCGACAGCAUCAGAAACGGAAGCAGCCAACAUUCUCACCACGAUAAAGAGCGGCGAAAUUUUGUCUCUUCACAAUGCCGAACUGCUUGCAGGUGGCAGUACUGGUACGGGCAACGAAAAUGUUAUCCAACUUGAUACCGGCACAGCAACUUUACUGCAGUCAUGCAAUGAAAAUGGUCAAAUGAUAACGUUCAAAACCGAAGCCGUUGAGAGUAACGGUGGUGGUUCAACGCCGGCCGUUGCCGACGGGACCACGCUGACACUUAGUGACGGUACCACAUUCGUAACACGCCUUCAAACGUCCGGCGAACAGUCAACAAUCGAUGGUGGUAUGGUACCACAAACCCACUCCAGCCCGGGCAAUAUGAAUCUGGCCGGUGCUGUUGUCAAGACAGAAGACGCUUCCAACAAUACAUCGUCGACCACUGGACACCUGGACGCACUGGCAGAAGCGGCAGCUUCGGCAACGUCUGUGCUGCCGACCGAACUGAUGGGCGAUCUUCUGUCCUCUCCCACAUCGAACGUAUCACAGCCGGCACAACAGGGAACGUCGAUAAAAUUUUUGGACCCCACGUCGAAACAGUUCACCGUGGUCAUGCAAGCUGGAGGAGACGGCACAGGAUCGUCUGUGUCGACCGCGGGUGUGAACAAUGGUAGCAACAACACCACGCUGUCCGGGAAACAAGUGAUCGGAAAAGCGGUUGUUCGGUCCAACUCUACUGGGAAGACGAAGGAUGAAAAGGAAGAGAAGUCAGUGAAACCGAAGGAUGAGUCCGAGAUUUGGCACACGGUGGGCAUUUUUAAGACGGUCAACCAUACCGUUUCGAACUACAUCGAUGCAAACGAAUGGGACAGUUCGAUCGAUGGCGAAAUGCUGAGCGCGGACAGCAUACCCGAUCUGAGCGAGCUGAAGCGAAUAAACCUGGAGCCGGGCUGUGCCUACCGGUUCCGUGUCGCCGCCAUCAACAGCUGCGGUCGGGGCGAAUGGAGCGACGCAACACCGUUCAAGACGUGUCUGCCGGGCUUCCCGGGCGCUCCAUCCGCGAUAAAGAUUUCCAAGUCACCGGAAGGUGCACAUCUCUCCUGGGAACCGCCACCAUCCACUACCGGCGACAUUCUGGAGUAUUCCGUCUACCUGGCAAUUAAAUCGCAAAAUCCCGCCAAGGAUAAGGCAAGCUCGGCCGCUGCCCAGCUGGCGUUCGUGCGUGUGUACUGCGGGUCGAACAACCAGUGUACGGUUGCGAACCAGUCCCUGCAGACGGCACACGUGGACUUUACGUCGAAGCCAGCCAUCAUCUUCCGCAUAGCGGCGCGCAACGAUAAAGGAUAUGGACCAGCAACGCAGGUUAGGUGGCUACAGGACCCACAGCUAUCCAAAACGACCGCAAUGAGUGGUGCAACUGGUGGUGCAAAUCAGGCCGGAAUCGUUGGAAAACGAUUGGGUGACAAGUCGGCCACGAUCAUUGCUAAUAAGCGAGUCAAAAUUGGUACACCAGUGACGGGUACCAACUCGUCGAUGAUGGUUUCUCCCCAGCACCAUCAUUAAAAGACGCACGCACAGAUGGAGAUUUAUGGUACACACUUACAAAGAUCUCCCCUUUGUCCUCCCCAUACAACCUUUCCCUUUUUAACACGCGCGCACACACUCACACGCCGCCCAUGUACAUCGCCCAUUACAUUAGUGUAGCCAGGAGUUGUUUGCAAUUGUUUUAACAAUAAUUCGAACAACAUGAACAACAGAAGAAGCAAUGCAGUGCUUUUAAACAAAAUUUCGGGCAUGAAGUGUUAAAAGAAGGAUUAACGAUUGCAAAAGGAGAGAAACGGAUUAUUAACAACAAAACAUUUUAUGCGCGUGUGUGUGUGUAUGUGUUAAAAAGAGAGAUAGAGAAAGAGAGAGAGAGCAGUUGUGUUAUUAUCAUAGAGUAUAUGAUUUCUAUUGCUAACAUAUUAUCAUGUUUUAAAAAAGUCUUUUUGAUUUUACGGUUUAAUUUAAGUAAGAGUUAAGUAAGACAAUUGUGCAUAGUGUUUGCAAAACCGACUCCCCGACAGGCUCGAAAGUUUUAGUGUCAUUUUAUUACGGCGCUCCAAUUGGCUUACCCAAUUUUGCAUUGACAAAUGGUCUUAUGACCAGCAUGCUGCACACCAUCGCAACAUUGUGAUGGCAGAAUGAGAUUGUGAAACAUGAAUGCAUCGUUUGUUUAUGUUAUCCACGCGUAGAUAACACUACAUUGAUUGCAAAUAACAAAACAAAAAUCCCUGCAAUGGAGGAAUGCUUUUUUACGUGCAAAAAACGCAACACAGCUGUUAUCGUAGUCGGGAAGACAAAACAUUAGCAGUAGUAGUAAUAGUAGUAACAGUAGCUAACAAGUGGCGUAUUGUUUCUGCGCACACCUAGAGGGGUAUAAAGUGCGAGAAGAAAUAACUACACCGAGCAAAAAAAAAACUCGGUAUUAAUGUCGGACGCAAUGUGAUCGCAGAUCGUGUGUGCUAUCAGCAUUGCGCCAGGUACUGUGUCAUAGGUACAACAAUGAUUAUGACCACGGGAGGGAGCAGCAGAAAGACAAGGACGUUUAUAAACCUUAUUAUUACACGACUCGCUGCUUUUUAGCUUCCGGUUUAGUUGUAUUGUUCUGUUUUCACCUUUGUGUUUAGUGUUAAAUGUGUAACAGUGUAAUAAUAAUGCACCAGUAGCGAAGAAACAAAGCAACGGUCAAGAGAGGAGCGAGGGAUACAUUUUAUCUAACGCUAAACUCAAUGUUAGUGAAGCUAGCGGCACGCACCGAUGGAUAGCUAACGAAUGCGCGGUUCAUAGUAUUUGUAUCGAUACUAAACCAUGUCAGCGAUAAAACCAUAGACAAGUACCGAAAGGGGACACUAGCAAAAAUCAAACUAUAUAAAACAAUCGUUCAUCAAAAGAUCAAGGGCCACCCGCAAUUCGUAGCCAAUGUGUGUAAAAGAUGUGUGUGUGUGUUUGUACGUAUGGCAGAAUCAAUAUUCAUUUUUAAGGUUUGAACAUGAUGUUUUAAUAGGACGUGUAAGAAAACACAUACACCACCCCCCUGUGUGUGUGUGUGUACCAUAGCAAACCCCUUUUGAAAAAGGCGUAUAUAGGAUGGAGCAACGGCUUUCCAUUUCUAUUUUUCAACAUUAUGGUCAGGUUUCCUUUUCGACGUGUUGCGCUAUUAACCUGCGAGAGUUGCGCAACACGCAAAUGGGGAGGGGAUUUUCAUUGGAAAGAGCGUAGAUAUAUAUAUAUGUAAGAGAAUUUGUAACAAUACUAUAACGCUAUACAGAUAAUAUCACAUUAAACGCGAUGCAUAAAUUGUGCGAUGAUUUCUGUACAAUGAUUUACAUUGUUUAUUAUUUGCCUCUCCCUUACCCCACCCCCUUACGGGAACGACGAGGGGUUUUUGAUAAAAGGUGCAUGAGAUAAGGAAGGUUUAUAUAUUAAAACGCGUAUUAGAUGAGAUGCUGUAAAAUAGAGUUGCGAAAAUAAAACAUUACAUUAGUGCAAAUGUUUCCUCGUACCCGGUUAUGAUGAGUGCGAUGACACCCACAGAGAAUAAUGACCAUGUUCAGCAUAAGAAGUACACCAAGGAGAGAGAGACGUGUGCGUAAUGCGAAUAAUGGUCAAAUAGAUUGGUUUUAUUGUUGUCACCAUCCAUGUUUUGUUUUUGCCUGUCGUUGGUUCGAUAGCAGAGAGUAGUUUGUUAGGGAAGAGUACUGUGUGUAAAGGGAAUUAGGAAAAUUCGUAGAUGAACGCCCCUUACAGCCGUCCUUCCAACGGCGCCAUACGGCACGCUAUUGUGUGAACCACAGGAUAAAUGCGUCAACUCAAAGGAAAAGGAUAGGAGAGGAAAGGAUCAGUUCAUUAGCAUACGAGCAUACAUUAAUGGUGUGGUGUAUCUGUAAA